AAUUAAUGUAGUCUGUGGUCUAAUUUCAUGUUGGUGGAAAUCACAGACCAGUAAAGUGGAAAUUGUGCCGCAUCAAAUUUUCACAGAAUAUUCUUGAAGUUUAAUUUAUCAUAUUUCAAUUCUUCAAAAAAGCAUUGCAGAAGUGUAAAAAUGAGUUGUCCGUUCAGCGAAGAGCAGCUGGCGCAGUUGAAAACGUUUGUGGACCUUUGCUCGGCCCAACCGCUAAUAUUGCAGCAUCCUAAAUUGUCUUUUUUUAAAGAUUAUUUAGCGCAACUCGGCGUCAACAUUCCCACUGCUACAUUCGAUCCUAAAACUUUCUCAGCUUCCGGUGACAGUAACACCACAAGUGCUAAUGCAGAUGACAAAGGAGCUGUCUCCUCGGGAGAGGAAUCGGAUGCAGAAUCUGAUGUGGAGCUGGACAUGGAAGGUGUCAUAACAGAUACUUCAGAAGCUGAUCAGGAUAUGGGUGAUGAUUCAAAGGAAGUGACAGAUGAAGAACGUGAUCAGUCUGAUGAGAAACGUUCUGAAGCUAUGAGGGCCUUCUCUGAACAGCAAUUUGAUGAGGCUGUUACUUUGUACACUGAGGCUAUAAAACUCAACCCCCAAAGUGCACUUCUCUUUGCUAAAAGGGGACAGGUGUUUCUUAAACAAAACAAGUUACAUGCUUGCAUCAAAGACUGCACCCGUGCCCUAGAACUUAACUGUGACAGUGCAGCUGGGUACAAGUUCCGAGGGCGCGCCUACAGGCUUUUGGGCAAGUUCGAAGAAGCAUCGCAUGAUCUAUGUGAAUCACUUAAAAUCGAUUAUGAUGACCAAACAAAUGAAUGGCUCAGUGAGGUGAAGCCUAAUGCUGAGAAGCUGCGUCAGCACAAGCUUACCGUUCAACGCAAGAAAGAAGAGAAAGAGCACAAUGAGAAGUUGCGUAGGGCAAGAAAUGCGCAAGAAGCACGCGCCAAUGCAGCAAAGGAACAGUCAGAGUCACAACCUACAUUCCCACCUGGCAUGGGUGGCAUGGGAGGCAUGGGAGGCAUGGGAGGCAUGGGAGGCAUGGGCGGCAUGGGAGGGAUGGGAGGCUAUGAGGCGUCUGAUUUCAUGAAACUGCUCUCCGACCCCGAGAUUGUUGCAGCGUUUAAGGAUCCUGAAAUCGCUAACGCCUUCUAUGACGUAUCUUCAAAUCCGGCUAACUUCAUAAAGUAUCAAAAUAAUCCAAAAGUAGCUGCUGCUUUAGACCUGCUCAAGAGUAAAUUUAACGUAGUAGGUGGUUCUGCAGCUCCUGGUGGUUUCUCAGGCUUUGAUGGUGCUAACCCAAAUGCUGGAACAAAAAAUGCAUCCGAUGACGAUGUUGGCUUAGACUAAGCUGUCCUAUGAAAUUAUGAUUUAUAUUCAUAAUGCAAACAUUUAUACUAUAAAAAUCACAAUGUUUUUGGAUAUGUUAAAAUCUUUAUUGCAAAUGGUGUGAUGUUUAUGGAAAUCGGCCCUGGUAGAACUGGAGAAUGUGUAAAUGUUUACAAAUAAUAUUACAAGUUUGUAUUCUAAAUAACUCCGAUUGUUUAUUAGUUUUUUAUCUCGCCCAUUAUGCUAAUAAAACAAAAUUAUAAUCAUUCCCACAUAAUGUGCAGGAUGAAAAACAACUAUUAUUUUCUUACAGAAAUGAACUGAGUAAAUGUAUAGAAUGAAGGUUGAAAAUUUAAGCAUUUAAAAUUCAUUUCAAUGUUAUUGUCAUUGAGAAAAUAAGAAGCCAAGUAGACUUUCUCUAAUACAUAUAAGUUUCCAACCUACAUCCUAAUGUUUUGCUUAAUAUAAUCAUAAUUUUAGCGAGUCAUGCGCAAUAUAUAGGGUGAAAACGAAGUUUACUCAUCGAUUUUCUUACUGUAAUAAUAAAUUGAGUAACUAAAUGUAUAAAGAAAGUUGAAAUUUUAACAACAAACUAGAAUUUUAUUGCAUCCUUAAUUACAUUUCCAGUAAACUUUUUUUUAUAUAAUGGGCAGGUGCAUAUUCACACUUAUCUUAAGACACCCACCUACUUUGUUUUGUUAUUUCUAACGU